AUGAAUGAAUUACAAAACUUUUGCCUUGAAGAACUUCAACCUAAAGAAGUUCAAUUAUUAAAUAAAUUACAUUGUUAUCUUCGUGGAAGUACUGAACAAGCAGAACAAGGUUUUGAAAUUAUGUCAGACGCAUUGGAGAAUGUUGGAUUUAAAAAUUUUUUAAAGAAAGUGAAACCAUCUUUAUAUACCGAUUGUUUAUUAUCAAGUGAGGUUGACAUAGUCAAUGCAACUCUUAACUUUCUUAUUUUAUUAAGUGAAGAAAAUGAAAUUUCAGAACAUGUAAUACAACAUGACAAUGAACUUGCAAAUAGAUUAAAUCCUUUAAUUUCAAAUGAAGAAACUAUUAUUGCUGCUCUUCAUGUCAUUAAUGGAUUUAUUUCUGUUGCAGAGAAAUUAGAUAGUGCUUUACCAAGAACUCCUAGAAACCACUCUAUAAAUUGUUCUAAUAUUUCACAAUUUAUUAUUCUUAUUCCUGCAUUAAAUAAACAUUUACAAACUUAUGAUCCGGUUCAAAUGUCUGUAUAUCAAUGUCUUAUCCAUAUUUUAAGAAUUCCAAAUGCAAAAUCAAUAUUUUUACGUGAAAAUGGUGCUGAAAGAAUUGUUGAUCUUAUUGCUGGUGGAAAUGAUAGUACUAAUUCAGGAUGUUCUCUUGUUAACACAAUACUAACAAAUGAAGAAGAACAUACUUGUAAUACUUUCAACUUAAUUCUUCUUAAAGCAAAUAUUAUUGCUUCAUUAUUAACAGAAUUAAAUAGUGAAACUGUUGGAGAAUGUUUAAAAACACUGGAAAUUAUGGCAAGGAGUAAAAUUGUAGUAAAUGCAAUUGCAGCAUCUCCAAAUAUUUUAUCUCUUAUCGAUUGUCUUAAAUUUCCACCAGAAGAACCUAAUACUAUAGACUCUUUAAAAGAUGCACUUGAAAUAAUUUCUUUGCUUGCUCAAAAUAAAACUGCAUUGACAAGGUUCAGAGAAGUUGGAUUUACAUUAGUUCUUUCUGAUUUAUUAUCUAAUUUUAAUGAAUUAAAUGAACGUAUGCAAAUAUUAUUAUUAUCUAGUUUAAUGGGUUGUACUUCAGAUGAACAUUUAAUGAAUGAAUUAAACAUUUAUAAUGUAGAAACUCUUUUAAAAUUAAUUUCACUACAAGGAAUUGCUAAUGAUAUCAAGACUAAAAUUCUUACUCAAUUUGUUUAUUUUAAACAACACCAACCCAUUAUAGAACCAACUCAAAUUACUUUAGAAAGUGCAAAACAAGAAGAAGAACUUAAGAAUAUGGAAAAGGCUAUGGAUAUUACUAAAAAAAGAUUAUACCAAUAUGAAACAACUCAUUUUCCUUUACAUAAUACUUCUCAACCAGAAGACUCGACUCUAAAUUCAUCUACAAACUCUAACCAAGAAAACCAAAAUGAAAUUAGUGAACAACAUAAAGCAAUGAGAGUACCAAGAAAAACAUUGGCUCAAAGAAAGAAGAGAAACGCUAUAAUUAUGAAAGGGUUCCAACUUGAAGAAUUAGCAGAACAUUAUGGAGAAAGUAUUCCUCCUGAAUCAUCUGUAAUAACCCCUCGAGUAUUAAAAAUAUCAGAAGAAAUGAAACAAAAUGAAAGUAAUUCUAUCCAGAGUACAUCUCCACAAGUUAGUAUUAAUACAACGACAAAUACAAAAGAUAUUCAGAAACAAGAAAGUGUUAAAGUAAUAUCACCAAGAAAUAAACAAGAACAAAAUGAAAAUAGGUAUAAUGAAGAAAAUAAAUUAUUAUGUGAUAGGUUAAGUUUAAAUAGAAUGAAAAUGCCAUCUAUUGAUUUAAUUUCAGCAGAAGGAAAUAAAGAACAACUAACUUUUGUGUCUCAAUUAAAUGCACAAUCAAAAAAUAGAGGAGUUUGUUUAAAUGAAUUAUAUGAAAGUCAAGUGUCUUUUAAUAAAUCAAUGAAUAAAAUUGUUACAGUGGUUAUCCCUCAAUUAAUUAAAAUUAAUAAAGAAGUUGCAAGUAUUUUUCUAUCAUUUGAACAAUUAGCCAAAUUUCAUCAACAAUUAGAAGUUGAUUUAAAAGAACUUGUUGAUAAUAAUCAGAAUUAUGAUGUUGAUGUUUGUGAUGUUAUUAGUAAAAUGUUAAAUAAUAGUGAGUUUAUGAAAGAGUAUGAAAAGUAUUGGAUUAAUGUUGAAAUGGAUAAAGUUAGAACAUUAAGAGAACAACCAGAAAUAUCAAAAAAAUUAAAAGAAUUUGAUAAAGAAGGAUUAAUUGUUGAAAAAUUAAUCCUUCUUCCAAUGGAUAGAUUUAGAAGAUUUGUUCCUAUUAUUGAUGCAUUUAUUCAUAAUACACCAGAUUGUUGUGUUGAACAUGAUAAUAUAGUUAAGGCAUAUAGUGAUAUUGUUUAUUUAAUUUCAUUUUUUGAUGAAAAAAGACAAAUACAACAAGGAUUAGCUAAAAUAAAGAAAUUACAAAAAGAAGUAGAAGGAUUUGAUAUUAUUGGAGUUGUAUUAUCUGAUAUUCAAUUAUGUGUAAAAGUAGGAAAAAAACCAGAAACUUUAAAAGUUAUUGUUGUCGGACAAGAUAAUGGUAUUAUACAAAUGGUUGGUAUUAAAAAGAAAAAGAAAACAUUAAGUGUUAAAUGGAAAUAUACUAUUGAUAAAUCCACAAUGUUAAUUCCUAAUGAUAAUAAAAUUACAAUUACAACAAAAGACCAAACAGGAAAAGCUUGUGAAAUAAUUCUUACAUUUAAAUUUUUAAGAGAGUGUGAUGAAUGGUAUCAAAUGGUUCUUAAAACAUUAAACAAUUGUUAA